AUGUCUAACAUCAUGGAGGAUAGCAUCGCGGCGCUCUCCAAGUUCCAGAUCGCGAACUUCUUCGAGAAGAGCAAUCCUACGACGCAGCAGCAAUGCGACCAACGGGCCGAACAGCUUGCAGGCACGUCUGUACGCCCAACACCUGUGCAAGGUGCGGACAGUUACACCGUCGUCUCCGACGAUGAGACCUGCGUUGUCCAGUUUCGUGCCAGCGACUCGGUCAUGGACAUGGAUCUCAUCGAUUGCGUCGAGAAGGCUUACACUGGGUUCACGCCGUCCCACUGUUGGGCUGGAAACCUGGGCCAACUCUACGUCUAUACGAUGAACAAUGUGGGGGGGAUCGCCAUGUAUCUUGCCCGGGAUCGGUUGAACGAGAACAAUUUCAGCCUUCUUCGUCACGCGGUGUCCGACUUCGCUAGAUUUUUCGCCUCGGCUUGGCACAACACGCCCAGCUCAAUGCAAUGUCCAAGUCGCUCCUCGCUACUGAACGAGUACUCGUCGGAUCUAUCAAAGCUUCGACAAGGGCUGCCCACGCGCUUUCACCUGACCCUGGACUACCUCAUUCCGAUGCUCCCGCGGCUGCUGGCUAACGACUGGCCGUUGGUGCCCAACCACGCCGACCUGCUGGAGAACAACAUCCACGUGAGCAUGCAGACGGGCCGUCUGAUGGGCAUUUGCGAUUGGAAGGACGCCGUUAUCGGUCCUUUCGGUAUGUCGCUCGGGGGCCUCGAGGCUAUGCUAGGGAUUCGAACCGUGGAGGAAAGCUGGCGUUAUCAUCCCAACCAGCAGGAACUUCGGGACCUCUUCUGGGAGACGUUUUACCAUGCUAUGGGGGAGGUUACGAAAGAGCAGAGAGAGCUCAUCGAGGUUGCGAGACUUGUUGGGCUGUUCUUGGAGAACGGUCUCCAGUGGACCGAGGAUGGGUUCGAGGCUAUCACUGAUGAAAGCAAUCAUGACCUCCGCUACCUCGAGGCAGUCACUCUGGCACUUGGUGCUCCGACUCGGACAUGA